GAGGAGUGUAGAGCAGCUCCACUCCCCCGCUCGCGCUCAGGCAGAAGUAGAUGCUCUUUUAUUCUGAACUUAAAGGGUCGCGAGAGUAGGACGUUGACGAGCCGGACACGAGGAAGAAAAGGGGUAGCGUUUAAUUUACGUUUAUUAUUAUUAAUCAUUAUUUAGUUUCGCUUCGGUUCCUGCCAUGUCAGUUCGUCGGGCCGGUGUGGUGCUACUGUGCGCGGUGUUGGCGGUGAGUCGUGCCCGCAGGAGUUCACCGGAACAGGAGGAUGUUCAGGAGAAAAUGAACAGCGCCAGAUGCACGUCCAGGUGCCUCACGCUGCACAUGACUCAGCUAACCGCUGCCUUCAGACACCUCCAGAGUGACCAAGUUCUGGUUUGGUGUGAGAACCACAGACGCUGUGCUCAGUGCCUGCAGCCGUGCAGAGAACUGUGGGAAACCAAGAAGGUGCUAUCUCCAAAGUCCUGUGAGAAGCAGACGGAGUGUGUGACAAGCAGGGAGUUCCUGGCCUCUCUGAGGUCGUCUCGUCAGGGCGACUGUCCUCCACCUCAGCGAGCCACAGGAUUCGCCGCAGCCUGCGUGGAGAGCUGCUCGUCAGACCAGCAUUGUCCUUCCCCAAGAAAAUGCUGCUCCAAUGGCUGUGGACACACUUGCCAGGCCCCAGCCAAUCUAUACAAAGGUGUUCCUCUGAAGCCUCGCCGAGAGAUGAGCUUUGUGGAGGAUCCAGAGGGUCACGUGAGGGUGGUGUGGGUGUCGAAGUUCAAUGUCAGCGUGGAGCCGGUCAUUUACAUGCUUCAGUCCCGCUGGAACAUCGGCAUCCAUCCCAGCGAAGACCAUGCCUCGCCUUGGGCUACCGUCGCCAUGACCCUUGCUGAAGAUGUGGUUUUAUCAGAUCUGAGACCUCAGCGCUGGUACCAGUUCAGGGUUGCAGCCAUCAACAGCCACGGCAGCAGAGGUUUCACAACACCGAGCAAACACUACAUCUCCAGUAAAGAUCCCUCACCUCCUGAACCUCCAAUAAACGUCAGAGUGAGCAACCAGUCUCUAGAGUGGACGAGUUCACAAAUAGGGUCCCAGUUCACAGAAAGGACGAGGGGAAGUGGGGUCACAGUGGCAGUCUUGUUACGCUGGGAACCCCCCAGAGAGGGAGACCUGCCAGUCCACAACUACAGAGUCACCUGGAUGUCCCGACAUACACACACAGCGCAGAAACACACACACACACUACAUGCACACACUCAUGCAGUUCACAACAACAUGCACACACGGCCUGCACAGCCACGCGCAUCUGAACAGGGUAAAAAGGAGACCAACAGCCGAGUGACUCAGGGGGCGCAGUGUGAGUUGUGGCUGCAGGGUCUGCUGCCUGCUACCACCUACUUCUUGUCUGUCCAGACAGUAGCCUUCUGGGGUCAGAAGAGGCUGAAGAGUCCCAGAGUUCAAACUGUUUUCAUUACAUUAACUCAUACAGGCGAAGACUUCUCCAAUGAGCUCCCAUCUUCCUCCUCCUCUUCCUCCUCCUCCUCGUCUUCCUCAUCUCCUUCCCUGUCAUCUUCCUCCCCUUCUUCUUCUGACCUCCCCCUUUCCUCCUCUCUUCCUCACCCCGAGUACCCCUCGAACCCUGUUACUUCUGACAACCUGCGCCUGGAGGUUGCUGCUCCUCAUUAUCACAACAGCCAGCUGCAGGUCAAGGUGUACUGGAAGUGGCCUCAUCAUGGCAGACAGAGACACCCUGGUCCAUACAUUUUGCGGUGGCUUCCACAUACCUGCAGCACUAAUGUUACAAGCACAGAGAAAACAACAACUGUGCAGGGCACCCAUCACACCAUCACAGGUCUGUUGUUUGCCUGUAAGUACCGGGUCGCUGUGGCAUUGAAGGCUGACCCAGGGUCAGAGGCUGUUGCCUGGGUUACGACCCCAACUUGCUCCUCCGUCAGGGUCAGGGGAGGCAAAGCUUUGCCAUGCAGCACUGAGGAGCGCCUCCUGGCAGGAAGAAAGGUGGUACUGCGUCCAGAACGGCUGACGGCAGAUUUUCAACAAGUCAACGGCACCUUGCUCACUACGUUUCGCUGGAGGAUGUCCCAGCAUGCACUGGACCCAGCAGCUGUCGAGGGGUUCCAGUUCACCUGGACGCUGCAGUCAGGGGUUACCAUGGCAACUGAAGGGCAGGAAGACACACUUAUCUCCCAGACGCAGACGAUUGCACCGUCUCAGCGGUCAGUGACAGUUAAUGGUCUACAGGCGAACAGUGUCUAUCAGCUGCAGCUCCAGUUGCUAACAGCGGGGGGAAGCAAUGGUGCUGCAGUCUCCAAGACCAUACAUACUCCAGCUAUCAAUGCCACACUUUGAUAGGCCCCCAAACUCCACAGCUGCCACUGACUGCUACACCACGGUCAUCUUUACCAACAUCCACUUCUCUCCUGUUUUCCACAUGGUUUCAUUGCAGUUUAAGUGCAGAAAACUUGACUAAAGCUAUAAAAUAAAAAAUUAAGGUAGAUUCUUGUAUGAAAGGUGUUUCCUACUCUGAUAGUUUCUCUUUCACUUUACUCACUUUUCAAACAUCAGGGAGGCUUUAAUCUUGUUUUAAUGGAAAAAAUAUAUUUGCAUGUCAGUCAUUAAUCUGUGAGAUGAUCUAAAGGUCGUGGCCUUACACAAUAUUGUUUUGUAAAAUUUGCUACAUUUUUUGUACCUGUUCAUGGUGCCGGUUUAAAAAGCACUAAGUACUUACACUUGGCAGUGAAGUCCUUAAACCAUAUUUUCACCAUUUUUAAAAUUAAAACUAAAACAUUAGCACCACAUUGCCACAGCAUUGCAAGACACUUAUGUGAAAAGUGAGACUUCUGGCACGGCUGCAUCUUGUACAUGUUCAGUGGGACUAAUGAAGUCACCUCACCCGACAUCACUGGAGCCAAAUGACACUUGUAAAGAGACUUAUUAUGCCUAUUGUUUUUGAUCAUGCUAGUAGAGAAAAAUAUAGCACUGACCUUAUGUACAAAUAGUAAUGUAUAGCAACAGACUGUUGUUAUUUCAUUUCAUCAUCUGCUGCAUUAUCUUUGAAACUAGUGGGUCUGACUUGGUUGUGCAGAAGUCUUGAAGUAAGCUCAAAUAUUUUGCUAUUUUUGUUCAUAUGUUUUAAAAAAACUGUCAGGAUUUGCUUGUUUGUAACAUUUUAGACCUUGUGCAGCAUUACUUUACAUUAUGGUACACCGAUUUCACUAAACAAUGAUAUGUGACAUUUUCACACAAUUAAUAUAACUACUCCUGUGGUAGAUUUAUUUGUUUUUACAAAGGUUAUGUCAUUUUUUUUAAGUUGGAAUAUUCUGGUGUCAAGCAACCAGUAAUUAUGUCAAUAUUCUCUCUAUGUAACCUUUUACUGUUGAUAAUUUUGUACUUAAUUCCUUUACUUUUUGACUCUUAGUUUUAUUUAUUGUUUUCCAGUCUUAGAUUUUUAUAAUUAAAGAUUAUCAAGACACAGUGCGUGUUGUGUCAGUGAUCUUGUGGUUAGAAAUGAUGAUAAUAAGAGGGAUGAUAUCAGUUUCCAUUCUAGUUUACAUUAUAUCUUGCAUAAGAAUUGACAUUUUCAGUCUUUUAUCCCGUAUUUUCCUUUAUUUGCUGCACCAUGGCUGGAUUAUUUAUGAAAGCAACAAAAAACUGGGUCCCAAUUGACUCCCAUUAUUUCCCCAGAAAUCUGGGGAGUACCAGCAUCUCAAAUGUGAAUAUUUU